AUGUCUUCAACAGAGAAUAGAGAAAACGAGAAACCAUCGAAGCAUGCGAUUCUCGACGCGAAUCGCAAUGAAAUGAUGGAAAAGCGCCGAGCAGAUUCCGAAGAAACGAUUGAAGAUGAAGACGUUGACGACGUCGAAGAUGAAGAAGAAGAAGAAUAUGAUGACAUACGCUUCGUUGGAGAAGAAUCUUCAGAUGAGGAAAAUGAAGAAGAGGCAGAAGAAGACGACGAAGACGGAGACUUGACAGCUGGAGACGUGGCAGCUUUUAAUGACGAUUCUGAGAAGCCAAAGAAGAAUCAGGUUCUAACCCUCGAUCAACUCGAAUCAGAAAUCACCGGCAUCGUCACCGACGUCAAGAACAUUCUAGAAGUCUCACCAGGCGUCGCACAGAUUCUCCUUCUGAAAUUCUCGUGGAAUAAGGAACUUCUUCUGGAGAAGUUCUACGAAACAUCGGACAUCCAGCAAUUCAUGAUGGAUUAUGAGGUGAUUCCAAAUGCAAUGGAAGAGUUACCACAAGAAGAGUUUGGCGAUUGUAUGAUUUGUUUCGAGAAUGUUCUUCUUGUUGGAUUGGCAUGCAAUCAUUUGUUUUGCUUUGGAUGCUGGAAUUCGUAUUUGACAGAGAAGAUUAUCGAUGCAAAACAGAGUGAGAUUACGUGUAUGCAUGGAGGGUGCAGACUGUUGCUUCAGCAGGAACAGAUUUCCUUCUACAUCACUGAUCCAGUCGUGAUGGCUCUCUAUAAUCGUGUUGUUGUCGAUAGCUACGUGGCAACGAAUCGCUUGUUGAAAUGGUGUCAUGGAGCAGAUUGUGACAAUGCUCUCAAGGUAACUUUGAAGUCCACUCGCCACGUCACCUGCAAUUGUGGCUCUUCAUUCUGCUUCUCAUGCAACCAGGACUCUCAUGAGCCAGUCCCCUGUCGCCUCCUGGUCCUCUGGACCAAAAACGACCAGAAAGACGACGCGGAAUCAUUUAAAUGGAUUCUCGGCAACACGAAAGAGUGUCCAAAGUGUCAGGCGCCGAUCGAGAAGAACGGCGGAUGUAAUCAUAUGACGUGUAAUAACAAGAGUUGCCGACACGAAUUCUGUUGGCUGUGCAUGGGAAAUUGGAUCGGACAUCAGCAGUGUAAUGUAUUCGUCGCGACUGGUGACUCGAAUCGCGAGAAAACUCUCGCCAAUCUUCAGAGAUUCGAAUUCUUCAAAACUCGAUAUUUGGGUCAUCAGCAGAGUUUGAAGCUCGAAAAUGAUGUGAAUACACUCCGCACAGAUAUCAGACAUAAAAUGAGACAACUCAAGGAGUUCUUCGACCUGACCACAUUUCAAGUGAUCUACCUGGAGAAGGCUCUUAACGCCCUGACAGAAUGUCGUCGUACUCUGAUGUACUCUUACAUCUUCGCCUAUUACCUUGAGCCCAACUUAAAUUCGAAGAUUUUCCAGUUAAAUCAGCGGGAUUUGGAAUCGGCCACUGAGCAAUUGUCGGAGAUUUUGGAGAGAAAAUUGGAAGAGGACGAUUUGGAGUCGUUGAAGCAACGAGUCACGGAGAAGUAUCAAUACGUGGAACAGAGAAGACAAUCUCUGCUGGAUCAUUGUGCCGAAGGAGAGGAGAAUGAUUAUUGGGCGUAUCAUGCAUAA